AUGUAUUGAGGAGGUCCCGCAGACCAACGGCCCGCUCAAAAGAGGUUCUGCAUUUUCCGCGUAAGCACAGAGGCGUCGUCCCCUGCCGAGAGCACCGGCGCCACCGGUGCGGCCGCGAUGCGGGGGCUUACGCGCGCAGCGAAGCGCGCCGGCGAGAUGGCCUUCAACGCCGGCGGCGGCGCAGUUAACUGGUUCCCGGGCCACAUGGCCGCCGCCUCCCGCGCCAUCCGCGACCGCCUCAAGCUCGCCGACCUCGUCCUCGAGGUCCGCGACGCCCGCAUUCCAUUAUCCUCAGCAAAUGAAGACCUUCAACCAGUAAUCUCAGCUAAGAGGCGUAUUAUUGCUCUAAACAAGAAAGAUCUAGCAAACCCCAACAUAAUGAAUAGGUGGCUUAAUCAUUUUGAAUCAUGUAAGCAGGACUGUAUUUCGAUAAAUGCACAUAGCAGCAGCUCUGUUAGUCAGCUUCUUGGGCUUGUUGCGCUGAAACUAAAGGAAGCAAUCUCGAAACAGCCCACACUUCUUGUUAUGGUUGUUGGUGUCCCCAAUGUUGGCAAGUCUGCACUCAUAAAUUCCAUUCACAGAAUUGCUACUUCUCGAUUUCCAGUGCAAGAUAAGAACAAACGGGCUACGGUGGGGCCACUGCCAGGUGUUACUCAAGAUAUUGCAGGGUACAAGAUUGCAAGUCAGCCAAGUAUUUAUGUGCUUGAUACACCAGGUGUUCUUGUGCCAAGUAUACCAGAUAUGGAGACUGGUCUAAAGCUUGCUCUAACAGGUUAUACUUUUAGAGCUGUUAAAGACUCGGUAGUUGGAGAGGAGCGUAUAGCAAAAUAUUUAUUAUCUCUUCUUAAUAUUAGAAAAACACCCCUACACUGGGAGCAAUUGCUGCACAGAAGAGAAGAGUUGUAUGAAGAGACAUGCAGCAGUAAUGAAAAAGACUCUAGGGUUUCACUACGAAGGAGAAGACGGUUGAAUAAUUCUGAUGCCUUAUUUGUUCAGGAUUUAGUGAUGGAGGUCCAAAGGACGCUAUGCAGUACGUUCGUGAACUUCACAGGCAAUACUGAGGAAGAGAGUGAGCUGGAAAGCCUCAUAGACAUGCAGCUCGCGGCUCUCCGCAAGGUGUUCAGGAUACCUCACAAACCGUUCGACGAAACGCAAGGCCCUACCUCCAAGAAGCUGCUGACUCUUUUCAGAUCCGGGAAACUUGGCCCUUUCAUCCUCGACGACCUUCCAGAUGAGCAGUAAAUCUGAUCUUAACCUACCUAUACGAUUUCUUCGGCAUGUUCUGCACAGCUAAUGCUCUGUUAUAGAAGAAAUCAGCAUGAAGCGUAUGGUACCAAAAUAUCCAUGGUAUGCAGAUUGCCUUUUUUCAGAUGGUAGGAGAUUAGGAGCUGCUAGUAGCAGGAUAUGUUUCUCUGCCUGUCUCUCUAGUUAGCUGUUGAUACGGACAGAAUUGCCUUUGAUAGUACAUUUUCUGGUUGGUACUUUCGUGGUUGUUGUUGCUUAAGAACGCGGAUGUGCUGCUGUUUGUAAGGGGACUGCGCAUGUGGGGCUGUCGCAGUCCUUCACCCCAAAAGAUCGAAUUUGAACUGAGCACUAGCAAGAAUUCAGGCUUUAAAUGCGUACCGGUGAUUGUCAAU